AUUUAAAAUUAAUAAAAAUUAUUUUCUUUGUGGUUUUAUAUUAAAUUUGUCAUUUUGAGAAAAAUGUCUUGUGACGAUGGUCUUGAUGGACAUAGUGACGUUAAGGAAUUAUUGAAUGAAGCCAAACACGACGAAGAAAUCGAUAGUAUUAAUUGUCUAUUUAAUAGUGAUGAAUUCAUAUCAAAACCAAUUAAAAGCGAAAAAUGCGGAAUAGAUGAAAAUAUAAUACAGAUACAUCAUUCUUUCGGUUAUGAUUGCUGUUCCAAAAUGUUCAAUAUAUGUGCCGCAGAUGAUCACACGGUAGUGUAUGCGGCUGGUAGCUAUAUUAACAUGUUUGACAUCAAUAAUGGCAGUUUGAAAUUUAGAAAAUGUGCUGGAAACGGAGGAAUAGGACAUAUAACUAAAAAUCCGGUUUUAAAUCAUUUAGCUGUUGGAGAAAAUUGCAAUAACCCAUUAAUAAUAGUAUACGAAUGGCCAACAUUUGAAAUCAUUAGUGUUCUUAGAGGGAGUGCUGUGAGACAAAACAAUUGGUUAACUUACAGGUACCUAAUAAAAAAUGGAAACUAUUUGUGUUCUCAAGGUGGUGAACCAGAUAAUACACUAACAAUUUGGGAUUGGAAAGAAUCAAAAAUAGUUUUAAGGGCCAAAUCUCAUGAUCAGAAUGUUGAUAUUUGUAGAUUUUCAAAUUUUAUACCCGAUCAUUUAGUUACUGCAGGCUCGGGUCACAUACAAUUUUGGAAAAUGGCAAACACUUUUACUGGAUUAAAACUCCAAGGGCGACUGGGCAGAUUCGGAAAAACGGAGAUAUCGGAUGUUGUGGGAAUAUUUUCAAUGCCAGAUGAAAAAGUUAUAUCCGGCUGCAAAUGGGGAAAUAUUCUAGUAUGGGAUGAAGAGAUCAUAAACCUGCAAGUUAUGAGAAAAGGAAGGAAACCGUGUCACUUGGCCCCGAUCAUUAUGUUUUUAUAUUCUGAACACGACAUGGAGUUAACGAGCGUCAGUAUGGAUGGAACAAUAAAGUUUUGGUACUACCGCACGAUAAACACAGCGGAUCCACCCGAAAAGGAUAGAGUAUUGGAAAUGGAACCAUCGUUCACUAUUAACGUUCAAGACUCAGUGGGCGUUGCUAAAAUAAUGGGCAUGUGUAAAGUCAACGAAAACCCGAAUUCCUUUGAUUACUUCAUUCAAGACGGCAACGGAGGAAUGUGGUUGGCCGACAUCAGAGUAGCAGCGAACACGAAACCACUACAACGACUGGCCAAAUUCCACGGUGACAAGAUCACUUCCUUGCAAGCUUCACCAAUAGGUUAUUUCAUUGCUACCGUAUCGCUGGACGGAUGGUUCCAUGUGUAUGACGUCGCAAACAAAAAGUUAAUAUACAUGCACGAUUUUAAAGUACCCGUCACUUCAUUGAUUUGGUUACCGCUGAAGAUCGCUAGUACAGGAAAUGUUUUUGUUAUUGGAUUUAAAACUGGAAUUUUAAAACUAGUUGCUGUGCCUCUGGCGGAUAUCACCGAAGAACAACCAUCAAAACUUAUUGAAAUACAAAGCUCAAAACCACAUACGAGCGAUAUUGGUUACUUGACUGUAAACCGUAGUGCAACAGUUCUCAUAAGUGGAAGUAACGAUUGUUCCAUAUUUGUCUACGAAAUAUUGACCGAACCAAUUAAGUUGAAUCCGAUUGGAAUGUAUCCGUUAUUCGGAAAAGUCAAUUUCAUUUAUUGGAAACCAUCGGAAUUACAGACAGCGUUAGUAAGUUGCUCUAGUGGUCAUAUUGUAGAAGUAGACGUCCCCACGAGUCGUCCGGCGUACACUAAAAAAUCAUUUUUGUUAAAACUCGAGUCACGAAUAAUAGAAACGGAAAACAUCAAAUCGGAAAUCGAUCACGAUCGGUACAUGACGGGUGUGGAGCGCACACAAAAAGAGAAAACAUGUGAAAAGGCGGAGCAGUUGAGAAUGAGAAAAGAAAAAAAUACCGGUAAGGUAAUAGACGAAAACAUGUUUCUCGGUGAUUCAAACGAACACAGUGAUCCUUCAAAACGGUUCGUUUCUCCUUCUCCGAGUCCUGUACUGUUUGCUAUUUACACCCCGUCAGAAAAAACUUUGUGGGUAUCUAUUGACGAUUGCAACGCUGGUAAUCUGUACGAAUAUGAUUUCAAAACGCAAGGACCAAUCAAUACAACGAUUAUACCUGGUAAAAAUAGUACACCACUAACUGCGAUUGAAAUGAUCGGAAUUGAUCCUUUGACAGUAUUAAUGGGAUUUGCUGAUGGCAGCAUUCGUGUUACGAAUGUAAAUAUUGAUGACUUAUCCAAUUUGAGUAAUUACAUAGAAUAUUCAAUACAUGACAACAAAUUGGGAAGAGUAAAAAAAUUGUGUUUCAGUCAAGACAAUUGUAUGAUGUACACUUACGGUGAUGACGGAAACAUUUUUAGUUUUAUGUUUCAAUGUAAUAAUAGCGACAUCGAGAAAAACUCUAUUCCAGUUUCUAAAUUUCCUAGAUCACCUGAAUUUAUGAAUCAUAAUAUUCUACAAACCGAAGAAGAUUUGAAACUUAGUUUAGAAGAAAGAAAGAUUAAUAAAGAAAAACACAAAGCCAUGAACCUAGCAAAUCAAGAAAAGGAUAAAAUCAGUUGUAUAUUACAUGAGUUAAAAGAGAAGUUUAAACUACUUUUAAAUAGUAAUAAGUCGUUGCCUGAAUCAUUGCAAUUUCCUGAUAAUUAUUUCCAAUUCGAUGAGCGUAUCAAUAGAUCUCUGAUCGAAGAAGCGGAGUCUGAAAUGAACAAACUACAUCUUAAAUUUGCGUUCGAUUAUGAAAAAAGCUUAUUGGGUCUAAAAAAAUUAAAAUCCUAUUUUGUCGAUCAAAUUAUAACAACUAAGUUUAAAGUUAAAGCAAUCUCAAAAGACAUAGAAGUAAAAUCCAUAUACCACGAAGUACGACAUAAUUUAUUCAGCAGUUUAAUGGAAGAAUUUGCAUCUAAGAAACAUUCCAAACAACAUCUAGAAAAAAUAAAGGAUCGAAACGCUAUAAGACGACGUAAAUCAACGGUGGUGGAUAAAACAACCGAUAAUCCAAUUCACAAAGUAACUGAAUCGGAAAUAUUUCUUCGAAAUGUACGUGAAAUUUAUCAAUCUUUGCCUAAGAAAAUUCAAAGUGCUAUUGAUAAGUUUGCGGCUAGAAUAGAUUUUGAAAAUAAAGAGAUUCUCAAAAUUAAAAGUAUGCAAAAUGAUAAACCAGAUAACACUAAAGACGAAGAAGAAGCCGUAUUAGAUAAUGCAUGGGAAACGAUUGGCAAUUUCAAUUUGAAAACGGCAUCCGAUUUUAAACCCUCUAAUGAUAAAAUAAUUUCGAUCGAGGACAAAUUUCAACAAUACCUACACGUUCGAGAUGAGGUACAUAAUUUAAAAUCAACUUUUAACAAAAAAGUCUUCGAUUUGAAACAUCAAAAAAUUAAGCUGAUACACGAUUACAAACAGUUCAAAUAUGAUAUUUCUGAAAUUCAAAAUGAGUUAGGAAGUCCAGAAAUAAUUACUCCUACAGAUUUUCCUGAAGUCAUAGCGGACAAAUCUAUUGACCCACAUUUGAUUGAUUCAUUUAAACCAAUUCAUCAUUUGGAUCCAAUGCAUUUAAUUUUAAAUUCAAAGAAAAGUGAUUUAUAUUCAAAAAUAUGUAUAAAUGAAUUUCACGAAAAUUCUACUCAUCUAGAAACCAUUAUGCAAACAAUGAGAAUAGAAAAAUUAAAACACAAACACAUGUGCUUACAUGAAUCAAUGUUAACAAAAAUUAAUAUAUUUGAUGACCACCUCACAAUGUUGGAGGAAAUUCGAAAAAAUGUUAAACUCCGUAUUACAUUUCUAGAAUUAUUUGCUCUUACCCUUGAAGAAGAAUUGUUAGUUUUGUACGAUUAUGAUUUGGUCGAAAAAGAAUAUUUGUACAAUGUAUACCUAAUAACUAUAAAACAAAACGAUAAAAUCAACCAAGCACUGACAAUACGAGAAGAGAUAAAGUAUUAUAACAAAAUAAUCCAGAACAAAUUAAACCAACUAGUAGACAUUCAACAUACUUUUGAUAUGGAAGUUCGGAAUGAUGAUUUUGCAAAACAUUUAAGAAAAAUAUUUAAAAAGAAACUGAGAGUUCCUAAAGCCAAAUCUGACGACGAAGAUGAUGACGAAUCAUUUUCAUCUUCAUCGGAUGAAAGUGAAUUUGACUCCGAGCCAGAAUUUGUUAAAAACGGAAGUGGAGAAUCGUUGACAAAAAUGGGUCGACUCACAGUAUUUGACGAAAACAUACUACCAGAAGGGUGUGAUAAAAAACUAUUUGCUUUAACUUUCGAAUUAAGGUCACAGCGUAAUGAAAUUGAACUAGCCAUAGAAAAAACGAAAAUAAAAGCAGAAUUAUCAAAUAAGAGCUUAAGUCUUGCUGAAGCAGAAUUGAUCAUGAUUGAAAAUGAAUUAAAGAAAAACAUAGAUGUACUAGAAGCGUAUCAGAUUGAAAAGCAAUUAAAAUUAAAUGAUAUCGAAACAACAAUCGUAUUGAAGAAGUCUCAAACGACCAAAUCUAGGCUCUUGAAAAACUCUAUCUUAGUUUAUGGAAACGUUAUGCAAGUGUUGACUAACAGGGUAGCAGAAUUGAAAAAGGAGAUAGAAGAAAUUAAAGACACGUUCAAAGACGAAAAGUUACUUGCCAAACAGCUGCGCACGGAGAUAAACGUGAUGGAGCACGUUUUGAAAAAAAUUAAAGUGGCUAUCAGAGACGAAAUGAUUAAAAAGUUUAAAAUGGAAACCGAUUGGAGUUUUUUAGACGAUAUGGAAAUGGCCAUAAUUAAUUGUAUGAUUAUUCAAGCCAAGUCCAAUGUGGAAGAAGCAAAGGAACGAUUUAUCAAAGAAGUAAAACUAAUGGAAAACCAAAUCAGAGCUCAUCAAGAAAUGUUAACUGACUUGUUAGGAGCGAAUACUGUUAAAACGAUUACCUUAAAAGGUGUCCGCGAAGGUAUUCAGCAACUCCAACAGUGUUUGUCCGUACAAGAAAAAAACAAUAAGACAAUUGAAGAUUUGUCAAUGGAUAGUUCUUACAUUUCCGACAUGGCCAAUCUGAAAGACGUUUUCGACACGCUGUCGAAGAGGAAACAAAGCAUUUGCAAGGAGAUAGACUCGUUGAAGUACAAGGGCAAAAUGUUCCCUCCAAUCGCUAAGCAACCGUGCGCCGGCACGAACGCGAAACUGGAUCAAUCGUCGUCGGUCGAUCGUGUCCAACGACUGUUUUCGUCUACGCCGUCGUUAGUCCAGGAGGAAACCGAAGACUCGUGGACGACCGACCAAGAUGACGAGGAACAAGUGUACAAUAUGGAGUUCAACGUAGAACCGAAGAUGUCGGCUUCGUCCAAACAGUCGUCGUCGCGGUUGACGAAACAGUCGUUGCACUACGACGGUUUCGAAAACGUCCACGAGGAGUGCAGCUAUGACGAAAACCAAUGGACGAGAUAUUCCGACGACGACGACGAUGAGAACGGGGUAAUAAUGGCUGCAACAGUCGGCGAUUUAGCGCACCGUGACGUUUAUUCCCAGCUGAUAAUGACCGAAGUGGGUCGAAGCGGUUCAUCGGACGACGAAGGAUCCCCGGAUGAUGAUGCCGAGCCGUAUAACCCUAAACAGCGGAAUGAAAGAGCGAACGACAAUGAUUCCGAAAACGGUCCGAGAAUGAAUUUAUAAUAACUUGGCUGUGAUCAAAAUGAAAUGAGUCAUAGUGCCAAUAUAAUUUGGUUGAUCACCAACGAAAGGUAAGCAUAAACCCUAGUCCUCGUUAUAUACGGCACUUGGCUCUUAUUGUCGGAGGAGGGGGGCAAAAAUUAAUCGCAAUUUACUGACCAAUUUAAAAAUUUACUCGCAUUCAACUUAUGUACAUAUUAUACAU